AUGGACAUCAUCAGUACGCUAUCGGAUGAUUUGCUCUUGAAGAUUUGUUCACUACUUCCUACCAAAGAUGUAUUCGCCACCACGGUUUUGUCAAAACGAUGGAAGUUUCUUUGGGAGAUGAUUCAUAAACUUGAUUUUGAUGACAAUUUCGAGCGUUGCAUCAAUGAGGAUUCUGUUAAUGGCAUCCCUUCCAGUUACGAAAGAUUUCUUCAGUUUGUUGAUAGGGUUAUGGUGUUGCAUAAGGCUCCUGUUAUAGAUACUUUGAAGUUCAAAGUUGGUCCCUGGUGCAACUCUGAAGAUAUGGCACAUUGGAUGAGAAUUGGAAUAGUUCGCCGUGUGCGUCAACUUGAACUUGAAAUUUCUCAUUCUGUUGAUUAUUACGAGUAUCAUGAAUCGAUCGUACUGCCGAGGAGUCUCUAUGUGUAUGCGAAGCUCGAGGUCUUGAAACUCACUAAUACCAUUCUUUUGGAUGUUAUCACUAAAGAUGUUCGUCUUCCGUCUCUGAAAUCGUUACACCUUCUUUGUGUAAAGUACAAAACCUAUGCAUGUCACUGUAGGCUUUUGUCAGGUUGUCCUGUGCUAGAAGAGUUGGUUAUGGAUAAAAGUGAAAACAGCUCUCUGUCAUGUGUCUGUGUUCAAGUUCCUUCCUUGGAGAGAUUAUCUAUCCUCGAUACGUCGGAUGACGAUUGUGAUUCAAAACUUGUGAUAGAUGCUCCAUAUUUGAAGUACUUGAACAUUGUACAUAUAUGUAUCUGGUAA